ACAGAGUAAUUGAGAUCUUCUUCAACCUAUCUUCUUCAACCUAAUUUCAGUUUUCUGGCGGAAAAACUUUCAUACAAUCAGCAAGUUUGGUUGGGAAACGUGAAUAUUAGAUUGAAAUCUCGUUUCCCAUUCGUUUCCUGGAUGAAUUCAGUUUCAAACACGUCUCCAUUUUUCUGAAACGGUUUCGGCGCGUUCCGACGCGUUUCCCGGUUUCCCCGUUCCAGGACGUUUCGGAAAGUCGUGAUCUUUUGGCGUUUCAGCGCUUCGUAGCCCUAUACCUAUGCAAAAUGCAGCUCUUUGACCUAAAUAUUCCAUAUUGUGAAUCCGAUAAAUCAGUCUCAGACAAAUCGUCAAAAAAACAGACUCGGUUGAAGCUAAUUGUUAAAGCAAUUGAGUUUGGUUACACUGGAAUCGCUUACAAUCGUACUAUCAAAGGGGUAAUGUCUGAAUCUGAUCGUUGCACCAUUUCUCCAUUUUCCCUCUCUUCUCUCCUCAAACUAUCUCCUUCUCUCUCCUCAACUGUUUGCUUCCAUCGUCGCCUCCUCGGAGUUCCUGAAAACUCUGCGUUUCGGCAGUACACUCGUUUGACUAUGUUGGUUGAAACAUCCGCUCAAGCUUCGGCGUUGAAUUCGGGUAAUCCGAUUCUUAAGACUUAUGAUUUGAUCGCUGUUAGACCUUUGAAUCAGAAUUCUUUUGAUCUUGCUUGUCAAUCGUCUCAGGUUGAUUUGAUUUCAAUUGACUUUGCUGACAAGUUGCCAUUUCGACUGAAGCUUCCAAUGGUUAAAGCUGCCAUUGCGCGAGGGGUGUACUUUGAGAUUAUGUACUCGAGUCUUAUGCAAGAUGUUCACGUGAGGAGACAAAUGAUUUCCAAUGCCAAGUUAUUGGUGGAGUGGACUCAAGGGAAGAACCUGAUUGUAUCCAGUGCUGCACCUUCUGUUCUCGAGCUUAGAGGUCCAAAUGAUGUAGCUAAUCUAUUAUUGUUGCUUGGGCUUUCAAAUGAGCGUGCAAAAGCGACUAUAUCUAAGAAUUGCAGAUUGCUAAUUGCCAACACACUAAGGAAAAAACAGUUUUACAAGGAGGCAAUCAGAGUUGAAGUGAUGCCACUUGGGGUGGAAACUGAUCCCGGAGAACCUUGGAUAGUUGAUCAUAUUGACUGGGAUCCAUUAUCUAGUGGUGAAGGUGAUUUGCUUUUAGAUGAUAUGGCAAAAGCAUUUGCCGAGUCUGCAAAAGUCUCUCAAACCAUGAAAGGCGUUGUUUCUUCUCCUAUAGUUAAUCAUAUGCAAUCACAUGGUUUACAUGUAAAUGACAUAGGCUAUAAAACUCCCAUGGAUCUCGAGGUGUCAAAAAAGACAGAUAAGCCGGAGAAUGAGCCUACUUCUCCGUGGAGCAGUCUAUUGGAUCAACAGGGGAAUAAUUUCGAAGAUUCUCUGCAGGCAGUCCUUCCCGAUUCUUCUGUUGCUUGCUCUAAUGUUGAGGAUUUCCGAAAUUAUUCUACAAAACCUCUGCUGGAGGCUAAGAACUCCUAUGUACUGGAGACCACAACCUCUAUAGCAUCGCAUGAAUUAGAGCCGCCAGAUCAUGUUAGUAAUGCUGAUAUUGUGCAGUAUAGUGAUAGUAUGAAGGAAAUAAUCUCUAAAGAUUAUGGCUUGGAUGUAGGCUGUAUUGCUAUUUCAAGAAAGGAAGUCUUAAUGGAAUCUGAGGGUCUUAAUUGUAACGGUCAGCAAACUGAUAAAUUGAAGCUAGCUUCUGGUCUUGUGAACAGGAUAGACGCUGGGAUCCCAACUGAGAUGCAAUUAUGUGAUCAGUCAGAUUCAUCACUUCUUCCUGACAUAUCCCUGGGUGGAAAUCUGCUGGAGCUAAAAGAGGAUACAGUAGCCGAAAAAAAUGCUAGAAAUGUGAUGGUUUUGGACUCCUUUUCCGAGGGGAGUAGUAGUGAUGGUUUACCAAUACUUCGUGACCGGCAAUUGCUGGAAGAGGUGGAAGAAAUUAAAGAGCAGAAGGGAAAUCGCAUUGAAGUCAACACUGGCUCCGAUAAUUUUAUAGUUGAGGAUACCAUGAUGUUAUUGGAUUCACCCCAGCAGGGAAAAAAAGGCAAUGAUCAUUUAGUUGCAAAAAGUACACUAUCAGAUGAAAUGAUGGAAUGUAGAAAACAAGUAAAAGAGCUUAGUGAAGCUGAGCAUCAACCACUUGGUGAAAAUAAAUCAGGCAAUCAUAAGGUGAAGCGAUGGGGUACAGGCCAACUUCUUAGGUUUCCUUUUAAACGAUUGUUACAAGUUCAAUUUAAGAAGAAAAGGAAAACUUCCAUGUACAAGAUCCAAAAGAGACUUUUAAGGCCUUCUCAACUACUUUAGUAAGCCGGGUGAGCACUUUGAAGUUUGAACAGUCAAAAUGAUUGUGUUGCUUGCUAGCUGGUAAGUCUCUUCUGACUGUCUUAUAUUGAAAAUUAAUGCACUUGCGCAAUUAUUUUGUGUAUUCUGAUUGUGCUGAUUCUGCUAGAACACCAUUGGUUGGCUACUUGGCUGCUGCUCAAUAAUUACACUCCUUGACAUGCAUCAUAAGGCUAUUAGGGUAGGCAUUUUGGGACCAGUGUAAUUCUAUUAAAAGAUAUUGUGCACACCCACCUAAAUAAUUGUCUUUUCCAACAUCUCUCACUUCAAUGUUGUUUGCUUAAUAUUCUUGAAAUUAUUGUCAAGACCGUGAAGUAAAUGUAUGGUCUUUGAAAAUAAGGCUAUUUAAGUGUUCAUUUGAAAGAUCCCUGGGAUUUUAAAAUGUCCACCAGACGAAUCAUGAAUCACAAAUUGAGCUCUUAAUAAUUAAAAUACCAAGAAUCUGUGGAAGAAGUACCUACUUGGGGGAAAUCUUUUGGUUAGGCGAAACCUUCAGUUUUUUCUUCCUUCAAAUAAAUUACUUUGAUCUUCAGUUUUAGGAUCUUCAGUAGGGACAUUUUACUCCAAAUGUCAAAAAACUUACUCUCUAACUAUCUUUGCUAAAGAACAUUUUACUAAUGUGCGUAAGCAUUGUACUAUGAACUCAAGUAAUUUCAGGUUUAAUCUGGAAAUAUUGAAGUAAUAAAUUGCAGAAAUUAGAGGAAAAACAUGGAUUUUAUUAUAUUACUGAAAAAAGGGAAAAAUUCAACGGAAAGUAAAUGAUAUUCCACUGUCUAGAGGUCUCCCAAGUAACUUUCUCUCACUCCCAUGUCUGCUGCGUUCCUCUUUCCCUCUUUUUAACUACUCACACAGCCUCAUUGUAACAAACUAUUUGUCUUUUCUCUGAAAUACCCCUGACACUAGUUGUAACAACCUUCCUCAGGGAAUGACAUUAAUACCCCCUUAUUCCUUCUGACGUGUUUGUAAGGUGGUGGUCUGGGUUGAUUCCUUGUACAUUGAUAGGCGUCUCCCAGACUCCUAGGUGUUUCAUUACCUAUAUUGGAAAAUUGCAAGGAACUCACAAUCAUGUUCACAGUCACACAAUAAUAUGCUGACAACAAUAAGAAAAGAGAAGUCUUUGAUUUCCGAUAAUGCAAGCAAAAGCUUUAAGGAUUACAAAGCAACUCUCCAAGUAAGUAACUUUAGGUUACCAAUCUCAAAUGCUCAAUACAAAAUACUCGCCGCCUUCUCUCUCUUUCUUUCAUCCAUUUAUGCAAUAGAGCCUAUUGCCAAGUACACUUCAUUAAUGACUUCUUUUGCUUGCUAGCUGCAGCAACAGAACCCUUGCUUGCUUUUGUUGUUACGGCUACACCUUAGGUGAUGUCUCUGCUGGUUCCCUCUUGUACCUCCUGGGUAGGUUAGGGUAAUGAAAUACCACUGGUUUCCAUACAAUGCAACAAUGAUCUCCAAUUACGAGUCUGGACACGGCUUCUGAAUAAGGUGGAUGAUUCACUUACUCAUUUUCAAUACAAGUGAUUGUAGGCAAAGAGUGGAUAAACAAAGGUAUUUGUGAGUCAAAGCUUUAAUUGAGAGAAUUAUUAAAUAAUCUGGGUUUGACUGGAUCUAAUAAUCUAAAUACCUCAAUCAUGGUUUGUAAUUUAGAAAUUGAUCGAACUAUUAAGAAUCAUGGUUUGGAAUUCACUUAUGGAAAGAGACGGAAAGAUGUAUAUUUCCUUGGAGAUGUAACAAGUGCAUGAGAUGGCAAUGCUUGAGCCAUGUGCUUUGACACCAUUUCAUACUUGUUCUAGCACGUUUGCCAACCGAAACUUUGAUGAACAAUAUGUUUAGUUGUCAAUAAGUUAAAGGUUAAAAAAGUUUAUAUUGUGACCCCACUAACAAUAUCCCACACGACUAUAUUUUUUACUUAUGUAUAAAUCACUAACCUUGAUCAAAGUAGAGUAUGUGAAUACUGAGUAAAGGCAAGAUGUGUAGACUGGAAACAAAAAAAACGAAGGGUGUAUUUUGCUACCUAUCGUUUGUUCAAGACCUCUGAUGCUUACAUACUUCUGUUGAAUUGAUAGUGUAUAAUUGGAUUCCUCUAGGUCCUAGAAAGUAGUCGUGAUUGCUGUCGUGGUGGCAGUAGUGAUCGUGGCGUCUUAAGGCAUCUCACAGGAGUCACUUCGCAUUGUGCAUUGAAAAUUGGGAAAAACUCAAAUCUAUUGCUCGUGAUUUAUUACAGUUUUUUUGAAAGAACUAGUUAGAACUCGUGCAAUGCACGGUUUUAUUAAAAAAAAUUAACAUUUAGUUUAUUCAAAUGCCACAUUAUUAUGGGUGGCAAAGGUAAUUUCAAAGUGGGCAACUGGGCAUUAGUUAAUAAUUUUGAUUUCCAAUGUCAACAACUAAAAAGAAGGGAGUUGUACGUAUUUAGAUUUAGAUGCAAUAAUAAAAGGGAGUCACUUCGUAAUCUAUUCCAUGUUAAAUAUUCUAAGAUGAAUUAACUAGGGCUUGUAUUUAACUUCUAAAAAAAAUUUAAUUAAAAUAACAAGUGUGAUUUUGACGGGGGGAAAAUUGUGCUUUAGUAUAAAAUAUAUAUAGAUUAUUUUUGUUACAGCGUGUAACUAUUGUUUUUAAGACUUGGUAAUUAGUUUAGAAAAAGGUGGUUAUAAGUAAUUAGAGUCGCUAAAAUUUAAGCGUAUACUCUUCAUACUUGUAAUUUUGAUUUUAUUCUAUAUUAAUGGCUUUAAUAACUUGUUUCAUGCAGAAAAUAGUGUUUAUGUAACAGAUUUCCCAGUAGUUUCAGAACAGCAAUCAUAGUGUGACGAUUUGCUGAAUGGUCAGUUAACAUCUGCUACACAAGGCCUAUGCAUAAUGAAACAGCCUGGAUUAUUUCAUGCUGUAGGUCAUGGUGUAUGAUGAAAAUUAACUUGAAGAUGGGAUGAGCUGUUUGUUUAUGUCAAUUAUAGUUUAAGUUGACAUUAUUUAAAGUUGAAGGUCCAUCGUAAUGUGUAUGUUAUUCUCCUAUCUGACCCCAGCGGUCCAUCACUCCAUCCUGUUUCUUUUUUUUUUUAUAGUAAUUUGCUCAUCUCCCCUUCCAAUAAAAGAAGAAAGCCCUUAAGGAACGUGUUAUGUGGUGCAUGAUAUACUGGUAUCCUUGUCGACAUUUUACAAAAUUAGGUAGCUUUUUAUGUUCUUGUACUCCUUCAAUGUCUUAGAACAUACUGUGUUCCAGAUCACACUGGUCUAUCCAAUGAAAUAAUUGUUGAAUAUGAUGUUUCAGUUGUCUAAGACUUCAAAUUCUUCACGGCUAAGUACGUGGGGACUCUUGUGUUGUACUUGCAAUUUUCAUGGAAGGCAUCACAUAAUGGAGACUUGUCUUUCAGAAACAGACCUAGAAACCUGGUUAUCUAAGGUUUAUAGCCUUCUUUCCCCUUUCUGGUCCAGUUGCAUACAGAAAGAUACCUUGCCUACUUUAUGCCUUUAGUCUGACGGAUUUCUUUAGAUUAAGAAUUUUCUAUCAUAUACUAGAGUAACUUUCCAUUUUAAUCAGCUACUUCCUUGCUUGUGUUGCUGCUGGAUUUGAGUGUGAAGGUGGACUAAUAUGAUACAUAGCUGUAUAGGGUUAAUAGUUUAACUGAUAGAAUUACUGUCAUCCCAAGCAUACCAGAAGAAUACUGCUGCUUAAUUUUCACUGUUUGGUUUUGGAGAUGAGAAGCUGACAAUAAACUUGCCGUUAUUUUACUGUUCUUUCUAGCUAGAAGUGGGUUUCUUUGCAGGGAAUAAAAACAGGGAUUCCACAUCCAAUUCUGGCUACCGGAGUAGAAAAACCUCACAAUGUUACUUCCGCGCAACAGCUGAUAGUUAAACAAGCUGAAAGGAAGCUGCUAGUGGGUAAAUCUUUGUCAAAAGGGGUUAUGUAGGUUGCGGCUCCAUGUCUAUCUAGGAAGUAAGCACUAUGUCGGAACCAAAUUGGAUGAAAUGGAGUUCAGGAGAUGAAUCCACUGCCCUUCAUCCUCAUCGUCUUCUUCACCUGUCAUUUGAUUCCAUUGACUGUAGCGAACUGCCUUUGCCAUACCUUCAAUAAUAAUGCUCGUACUUUCAUUUGCCAAUGGACUUCCUACCGGAUGCUGAUGGUGGUGGCGUAAUGUUCUGAUUCCCUGUCACGAGAUUGAUCAGCCAUGUAAGCUGGAAGGAAUUAAUUUUGUGUCAUGAAGUCCAGUGGGGGGUGAAAUGGGCAGAUGAAACCCGUUUCUAUGAAGGGAGUGACUACUGAGGCUGCGCUGCAUCAAAGUAGUGGAAGUAGUAGUAUUUGGUGGGUGACUACUAGUACAGCUUAGAGGUGAACUUGGUGAGGCUAUGUAGCUACUACUAGUGCACGCACUCCCGGUACUUGUAUUCCCAUUGGCAUUUGCUAGGAUGAACGCUUCGUUAAUUGAGUUGAAAUCGCCUGCAAGAGACUGGACUAAUAGAGGUGAUAAACUGGAAGGAUAAUUUGGGUUGAUAAAAUCAGUGGAAUCUUCAUAAUAAGAGUUGUUAUUUUGAGUAUACAUAGUUACUUGGUCAGUGUAGUAUUUUUGAGAAAAUCUUCAAAAUUCAAUUGAAUUAUGACUCAAUAUACUUUCUU